AAUUGAUGGAUGACAUGACUGACGGCUGAUCAAAAAUUACGGCGUGGAUUUAUGGUUAAAAUUUGCUAUUACUGUUACUUGUUGUAUGAAUUCGUUGUUGUCGUCGAAUGUGCUGUACUUUGCAUUUUUUAACUUUGUUAGCGAUUGCAAUUAGUGCUUUUGAAUGUUAAGAUAAUGACCGAUAAUUCAAAAGUUUCACGACAAAGUUUGUGCAUAUCAUUGUCAUUAGCGCGUAAGUCGGGCUCUCUGUUUGGAGUGUUAUAGCAGCGGCAGAUCGUAUUGUCUGAAAUGGUGCUGAUUGUAAUUGCGAACGGAUCAAAAGAGAACUGUAUUUGAUUGUGUUUAUUGAAAUUGUCACGUUACUUUUGGAACGAAAUGUAUCCGACGCCGACGCGGCACCCGGCGGCUGCGGUACGGGGUCCACAACCUACCUCGGGACCUAUAAAGUUUACUAUAGCAGAUACUUUAGAACGUAUUAAAGAAGAAUUUAACUUUUUACAAGCUCAAUACCACACCCUCAAACUAGAAUGUGAAAAGCUAGCAAGUGAGAAAACCGAAAUGCAAAGACAUUAUGUGAUGUAUUAUGAGAUGUCUUAUGGGCUCAAUGUGGAAAUGCACAAACAGACUGAAAUUGCAAAGAGGCUAAGUGCUAUAAUAGGGCAAGUGUUGCCAUUUCUGGCCCAAGAACAUCAGCAGCAGGUCGCUUCAGCUGUAGAAAGGGCAAAGCAAGUCACUAUGCCUGAACUAAAUGCAAUUAUCGGGCAACAACAACAACAGGGCCUUCAGCAACUUCUUCAACAGAUACAUGCGUCUGCGGGUCUGUCUCAUGGUGUAGCAGGCGCUGGAGGCUUGUUAGGCGCCGGAGGGCUAUUGUUCGCGCCCGGGGCGGGACCUCCGCCACCCCCCCACUUGCCGCCACCUGCCCACAAGGUGGAGUUGCCACCCCCAGCGGACAUUAAGCCGCCAGUGCUACCAGGCGGGCCGGCCGCACCCUUACUGCCGGGACAACCGCCGCCACGUGAAGAUGAUAGACUAGUCUCUUCUAGGGUCCUACAACAGAACGCUGCAUUCCAACGACGUUCCGUGUCGCCUCACGAGCGCGAACAGAAGUACAGACCGCGAUCGCCAGUGGAACCUGAAGCGUUGGACGUGAAACGCAGGAAGGAGGAGAAGGUACUCAGUCAUGACAGCGAUGCUGAAAAAAGUGACCAAGAUCUUGUUGUUGAUGUAGCUAAUGAGGAGGAGAGAGGAUCCCCCAGUGUACGCACGGAGGGUGGCGAUAGGACAGAGAAUGGUCCUAGACCGCCAUCCAGAUCAGGCUCGUCUUCAAAUCGGUCUACUCCCAAAAGUACUAAAGAUGAGAAGCCAGGCACACCCGGUGCUAAGAUGGGUCGAGCGUCAACUCCUACGGGGUCGGGUCGGUACGGGUUCCCCGGGUACGCGGGCUAUAGACCACCUCAUCCGUACGACAGUACGCAUCAUAGGGCGAAUGGCAUAGCGCCCGCCAAACCCGCUUACUCGUACCACACGUGCGGUGGUCCAUUACAACCGGUACCUUUCCCCGCUGACGCGCUAAUGGGCCCCGGUAUACCGCGAGGCGCGAGACAGGUGGCCGCGUUGCCUCACGGCGAGGUGGUCUGUGCGGUCGCCUUGUCGCUCAGUAACGGCGCGAGGCACGCGUACACUGGCGGGAAGGGAUGCGUCAAGUUAUGGGAUAUAACCAAUCCAGUAUCGCCUACUACUUUGGAGCCUUUGUCGCAGUUGGAUUGCUUGCAAAGGGACAACUAUAUAAGAUCAGUGAAGCUCCUACCAGACGGACGGACAUUAAUAGUUGGCGGUGAAGCGUCAAAUUUAUCUAUAUGGGAUUUGGCGUCACCUACGCCGCGUAUGAGAGCUGAACUCACAUCAUCAGCACCGGCGUGCUACGCUCUAGCUAUUAGUCCUGAUUCUAAGGUAUGCUUCAGUUGUUGUUCAGAUGGAAAUAUAGCGGUGUGGGAUCUACAUAACCAAACAUUAGUUAGACAAUUCCAAGGUCACACGGACGGCGCGUCUUGUAUCGACAUAAGUCCGGACGGCACUCGGCUGUGGACAGGUGGCCUCGAUAACACCGUCCGCUCCUGGGAUCUGAGAGAGGGUAGACAAUUACAGCAACACGACUUCUCCAGCCAGAUAUUCUCACUUGGCUACUGUCCCACAGGUUCGUGGCUGGCGGUGGGCAUGGAGAACUCGCACGUGGAGGUGUUGCACGCCGGCAAGCCGGACCGGUACCAGUUGGUGCUGCACGAGUCUUGCGUACUCUCGCUGAGGUUCGCGGCCGCCGGCAAGUGGUUCGUGUCCACCGGCAAGGAUAACCUGCUUAACGCGUGGCGGACGCCGUACGGCGCCAGUAUAUUCCAGUCAAAGGAGUCAUCAUCGGUGCUCAGUUGUGAUAUAGCGGCGGACGAUAAGUUUAUAGUGACAGGUUCAGGGGAUAAAAAAGCCACAGUUUAUGAGGUGGUGUACUGAGUAAUAUUAUAAGGGAACAUAUGAAAUUAACAAGGCCAGUUUGACGAGAUUGGUGUGUAUUAUCGGUUUUUAUGGCUGUAAAUAAAGAUAAUCCGCAUUGGACCCUAGUGGGCUAUGGCCAUUUCUCCUAAAUUUCUUUUCAUGGGAAGGCUUGCACCUAUAAAUGUGUAGUAUGUUAUAGUUCCUUAAUAUUUUUAGUUUUGCAGUGGAUAAAUAGUCUUAUCAUGAUGGAAAACACAGAUUGUUUUGAUAACAUAAAUCAACUACGCAACAAAACAUGUUUUUUU